AUUACUGCGGUGUAAUUGACACUUUUGGACAGCAGCUGAAGGUUCCCAGCCAGCAUACGUGCUUUGUGUCUUUCGUUGGGGUCUGUUGAACUGUAUUACUUUUGCUUAUUGGAGAGUUUUUGUUCAUUUAAGAGAUGUCUCCAUCAGUUCCACUCCAAGAAAUGAUCCGGGCCAUCAGGUCAGCUAGGACACAGUGUGAGGAGCGUGGCGUGAUCCAACGGGAGUGCGCUACCAUUCGAGCGCAAUUCAGACAAGCCGACAACGGGGGGCGAUCUCACAACCUGGCCAAGCUACUCUAUGUGCACAUGUUGGGCUACCCUGCCCACUUUGGUCAGAUGGAGUGCAUUCGCAUGAUUGCAAGCCCUCGCUACAGUGAGAAGCGUGUGGGAUACCUGGGAGCUAUGAUGCUGCUGGAUGAGAAGCAGGACGCCAGCCUGCUCAUCACCAACUCUGUCAAGAACGAUCUUUCUCACAGUAACCAGCAUGUGCAGUCUCUGGCUCUGUGCACGCUUGCUUGCAUGGGUUCACCAGAGAUGUGCAAGGAUCUGGCUCCAGAGAUUGACAGGCUGCUUCGAACCGCCAACUCCUACAUAAAAAAAAAGGCUGCACUAUGUGCUGUUCACAUGGUGAGAAAAGUUCAGGAUCUUGGGGAAGUGUUUGUCCCCGCUGCUCGUUCGCUCCUCGCUGAGAAGAAUCACGGCGUGUUACAUGGCGCUGUGGUGCUCAUAACCGAGCUCUGUGAGAGGAAUCCAGAGACACUGGAACAGUUCCGAAAGACUGUGCCAGAUCUGGUUCAGAUCAUGAAAGGUCUGAUCAUAUCAAGUUAUUCCCCAGAACACGAUGUGGCAGGAAUCAGUGAUCCCUUCCUACAGGUGCGCAUUUUGAGGUUGCUGAGAAUACUCGGUCACAACAACGAAGUUGCCAGUGAUGCCAUGAAUGAUCUACUUGCCCAGGUGGCGACUAACACUGACAGCAGUAAGACUGUGGGCAACGCGGUGCUGUAUGAGACCGUUCUCACUGUGCUGGACAUCAAGUCAGAGAGCGGCCUCAGGGUUCUGGCUGUGAACAUUCUGGGAAGGUUUCUCUUGAACAACGACAGGAACAUUCGUUAUAUUGCCAUGACCUCGCUGCAGAAGAUUGUCAUGACAGACCAUAAUGCAGUGCAGCGCCAUCGGGGAACAAUCGUGGACUGCCUGAAGGACCAUGAUGCUUCUGUGAAGCGUCGUGCAUUGGAUCUUUCCUUGGCUUUGGUGUCAGCCAGCAACAUCCGCUCUAUGAUGAAGGAAUUGCUCCUCUUCCUCUCUUCCUGCCCCCUGGAGCUCAGGGCUCCGGCUGCCAGUGGCAUAUUUUAUGUCGCUGAGAGGUAUGCACCUUCUCAGCACUGGCACAUAGACACCAUCCUGCAUGUCUUCACCACGGCAGGGGGCGAUGUGAGAGACGAAGCAGUGCCCAACCUGAUCCAGCUCAUCACCACGGCCUCAGAGCUCCAUUGUUAUACCGUGCACAAGCUGUACAGGGCUCUGAUCAAUGACAUCUCUCAGCAACCCCUGGUCCAGGUGGCGUGCUGGUGUAUUGGAGAAUAUGGAGACUUGCUGUUGAGAGGAGAAUGUCAGGAAAUCGAGCCACUUCAGGUGACUGAAGAAGACGUCCUGGAUGCCUUGGAAACAGUGCUCCAGUCCCACAUGUCUUCUCCGGCAACCAGAGGUUUUGCUCUCACCGCCACAAUGAAACUGAGCACACGCAUCACUGAUAAUGUGGAUCGGAUCAGAAGCAUCGUCAGCAUCUACGGCAGCUGCAUAGAUGUGGAGCUCCAGCAGAGGGCAGUUGAAUAUAAUGCUCUCUUCAAAAAAUAUGAUCACAUGAGAGCCGCUGUGUUGGAGAGGAUGCCUGUGAUUGAAAAGAACUCUGGUCAGAUCAAUGGAGAAUCAACAGGCAAAGCUUUAAACAUGAUUGAGACAGACAAACUCAAGCAAGGGGAGGUGCUGCUGAGCCAAGAGCCUGUGAACAAGGUGAGUGAUCUCUUGGACUUGCUGAGUGAUGAGCCUCUGAAGUCCAGCACAGCACUUGGUCUACCCGCUAAGUCAACCAGCACUCCUGGUGUGGACCUUCUCGAUCUGCUGGGAGGAUUGGAGCCCUCCCCCCUUGCAGUAGCGCCCACAGUGACUGUGUACGAGAAGAACGGUGUGACUUUGACCCUUUACUGUGACAAACACGGAGACUCGUCUCUCACAGUCACACUCACAGCCUCCAACAACACCACGUCAGACAUCAGCAACUUCACCCUGCAGGCCGCAGUGCCCAAGAGCAUCCAGUUACACAUGAAGGCUCCCAGUGGAGACUCUCUUCCUGCACAGAGCACAGCUAAGGUGACCCAGGUGGUCGUCCUCAACAACCCCAACAAGGUGAACUUGAAGAUGAGGGUCCGCGUCUCUUACACCAGCCAAGGAUCAGCUUUUCAGGAUACAGUCCAAAUCGACACUUUUCCAAAACUGGGUGCUGCGUGACACUGAAGGCUGCGGGAUGAUCCAACAGCAUUAUGACAACUGUCUGUUGUUAAAAUGACAGACACUCCUGAUACUGGGUUUUAGUCCAGUCUACACAACUCCAGUUUAUUGUCAACCUGCCUGAACUGUACAUCAAACACCUUACCACCCCCACCCACCCCUGUGCCUUUCAUGUCUGAGAACUAAGAUUUUUUUUUUUAUAUAUAUAUAUAUAUAUAUAUAAACUGUAAUUCUAUUUAAUUCUGAAGACCAAGCAGUGAUGUCUGAUGAAAACAUGUUUUUAAUUUAAAAAUAUAUAUAUUAACUAGACAAUUGUUGAGUUGAAGACGCCUUUCAAAUUCGCUCAGGUGUAGCGGGUAUCUAAAAACUCGACAUUCGAACCUUUGGGCUUCACUCACACGAAUGUCACCCAGUCAUCCAAUUUACUGGCCACCACACAGACAAAUCACCUGUGAGAGGUGUGGCCUAAAGCAGUGGUUCACCAUCCUCUCCACUUGUAUCUAAGGCCCUGUUCAGACUGAGGUUGGCAAUCCAGCUUGAGCAGGAUUCGAACCAAGUCAGACUUGAGCCAGAUAGGUUUUAUCUGAGUGUGAACAGCGAUAUUCACAUUUAAGAUGAAUUAUUUUCUAUUUGAGAAGAUCUGAAUGCAAAUGUGGUCUGAAUCCGGCUGGCUCGGUGAUCAUGAUGUCAGACUUUCUUACGUCUGUGCACCCACAGCGUCCUCUCCAUGGUGGCAGCGUUCAGUGCGGCUACAAUGGAGAGGACAGCAAACAGCCUUUCUCUGCAGCGCCUUCUCACUAAGAGGAUCUGCUGGGUGCGUUCCUUUCCACGUUACAAGCCUGUGUGUCCAGAUCCACACUGACACACACACCCUCGAUCUUGUGUCCCGAUGCAGUAAAUUCAUACUGAAUUCUCCUGAAACUGUAAAUAAGUCAGCUUUCGUCGCAUUGGGUAUGGAUCCAUAUAUAUGAUGAUCAGGAUUUGAAAAACAAACAAGUCUGAAUGCUAUCCAGCUAGAAAGCAAGCCAGAUUGCUAAUCCGUCUGGACAGGACCAAAUAGAACCUGGGACCCACCCCCACACACAAAAACAGCAAAGUGAGUGACUCCAAAUUUUAUUGUUUUAGGCAGGGUGGCAAAAUUAACAUGACUUGUUUAUUCUCGUUUCCUUAAUCCAAAGGGGAAAAAGAUCUCAUCUUUUUAAUUGUCCAGUGUGUGUUGUUUUAAGAUGUGUACUUCUAAUUCUGACAAUCUCAGAUCAGACCCCCAGGAGGGAACCACGAAUCUAAACAAUCAGACCUUAUGAGGCCAUCGUUUGGAAUAAAAAAAAAACCCCUGCAGACUCAGUCCUUUGUGACACAGGCUGGGCCCAGACCAAAUAUUUUAAACUCGACAGCAUUCCAGUAAUUUAUUUUUGUUUUUAAACCUACUCCUGACGUUGUUCUACCUGGAUAAAUGGACAAAAGCUUUUAAUCAUUUUCAGUCAUACACUGACUUUUCCAGAACUGUACCUCCUUUUCUAUCGUUGACAAUAUUUUAACUUGCUGUUCAUGUUUUGUGUAUAGUGAUACAAGAAGAAUUAUGGAGAAAACCACUAUGUACAAGAUGUAUAUUUUAGAUAUUCAUUCUUAUAAACACUACAGGAACGGGCUGGAUUCUUUCCAAAAUAAUAAACUGAAUGAAAUCCUUCAGGGCAACAGACUGUAACAGAAGAUAAUUUAAGCUGUAAGAGGUUUGUGACAAAUCUGUCUUAAACACGAACCAGUUGUGCAACA